GGAGACACCGCCUGGGUUCUGCUCCUUGUCUUCAAAACGCCAAGAUGAGCUACGGAUCCGACAUCUACUCCGCCUCUUCCUACCGGAAGAUCUUCGGGGACUCCACCCGCUACUCAGCCUCUCCACCCCGGCUGAGCAGCUCUCGGAGCGGCUUUAAGUCUCAGUCCACGACCCGCUCCAGCAUCCCAAGCUCCUACAAGCGCAGCACCCGAUCUGCCUUCCCAUCUUCAUCUUUGACUCUGGAAAGCUUCGACUUCACCCAGAGCACAGCGCUUAAUAAUGAGUUCAAAAUCAUCCGCACCAACGAGAAGGAGCAGAUGCAAGGGCUCAAUGACCGUUUCGCGAUGUUCAUUGACAAGGUUCGCAAUUUGGAGCAGCACAACAAAGUGCUGGAAGCCGAACUCGUGACCCUACGCCAGCGCCAGACAGAACCGUCCCGUCUGGCCGAACUCUACCAGCAAGAGAUCCGAGAACUGCGCUCCCAGCUCGAGGAACUUAACGCGGAGAAGAACCAGAUGAUGUUCGAGCGCGACAACAUUGAGGAAGACCUCCAGAAACUACAGGAGAAGUUCGAGGAGGAGAUGAGAAUGCGCGAGGAGGCUGAGCAAACGCUUAAAGCUUUCAAGAAGGACGUGGACAACGCCACCAUGGUGCGCCUAGACCUGGAGAAGAAGGUCGAAGCCCUUCUGGACGAGAUCAACUUUAUAAGAAAGGUGCACGAGGAGGAGGUGAUUGAGCUCAUGAACAUGAUCCAGGCUGCCCAGGUGUCCGUGGAGAUGGAAGUGGCCAAACCCGACCUCACCUCCGCCCUCAAGGAGAUUCGCGGCCAGUACGAGGCUAUGGCGAAUAAGAACUUGCAUUCCGCUGAAGAGUGGUACAAGUCCAAGUUCACCGACCUCAGCGAACAAGCCAACAAGAGCAACGAGGUCAUUCGCGCUAGCAGGGAAGAGCUCAAUGAGUUCAGGAGGCAGCUUCAGUCCAAGACCAUCGAGAUCGAGAGCCUAAGGGGCACCAACGAAUCGCUGGAAAGGCAGAUUCAUGAGAUGGAGGACACGCACAAUGCAGAGGUCAUGGGCUACCAGGACACUAUUGGGCAGUUGGAUAAUGAGCUGAGGACCACUAAGAGUGAGAUGGCCCGUCACCUUAGGGAGUACCAAGACCUGCUGAAUGUCAAGAUGGCGCUUGACAUAGAAAUCGCUGCUUACAGGAAACUGUUAGAAGGGGAGGAGACACGUAUCAGCACCGGGAUCACCUACCCCACCCCCACCUCAGGGUCCAGCUACAGCUACCAGUCCCGUAUGUACAGCAGCUCUAGCAUUAGCGGAAAGAAGGAGGUCAAGGAUGAUGAUGACAAACAUCAGCAGAGCAGCAAACCCGGCAAAGGCUCCUCCCAGUCUGACGACUCCAAGAAGAGUGACAAGAUCGACUCUGGAGACGUGAACCCCACCAACCAGAAAAACUAAACAUCUCAACCCUCUUUCUUUCUUCCUCUCCUCCCUCUGCCUUAUCCAUUACCCUCUUUUCCCUUUUCCCAAGCAUCUCCUCUCCACACAGGGGGUCUUAGAGAGGAAUCUAGCAUACUCACUACUCAAUACACACUCUUUGAUGCAUAUAUUCUCUGUCUCCAGGGCUGCACUGUGAGUCUUAUCGUCACUAAACUGCACUUAAACAGGCUUCUUUCAGCACAUUGCGUUAAGAAAAUGUAUCUGUGUUAAGCUUUGGUGAAGGUAGCUUAUUGUGCUGCAGUGCAAAGCCAGCAUAAAACUUGACUUGCAAUAAUAUUUUCUGUUUUACAAUAUAAGCUGUGAGAAAACCAGUUAUUGUUGUAUUUGAACCAUGCCAGCACUAAUAAAAAUGGCAUCUGGGGGUAUCAUUGCAUCAGAAUUGUAUCUCCAGUUAACUUCUUGGCAUGCUCAUAAUGCAUUCUUGCCAAAAACAAAUAAAUAAAGAUCUGAAACUAGACAUGCAUAGUUUCAAAAACACACCUCCCAGCCACAUUCCUCUCCAAGACUGCUCUUGGUUCCAUUUUUAAACAUAUUCUACCCACUUGCCCUUUAAAAGCAACAAGGAUUUGAGCCUAAUAGCAAGUCCUCACUGCAUGAGGUGUUUCUGCUGUUUGCAUGGUGACUGUAUGUGGGUCCAAUAGAUACUUUCAUAGCUGCGUGCCUGCCAUUCCUCUCAGUACUUAAGGCUGCAUUAGUUCACCAGCCAAUGGGCAAGACUGAGAGCAAAAUGUUACACAGUACUGCUGAAGCCUUUCACAUGCUGCUAAACGCUUGUGAUGAAUACAAUUUCUGACAAAUACUUUAAAGCCAAUCAAGUCAGUGCACUUAAAUGUAUGUAAACAGCAUCUCCAUAUAAACAUCCAUAUAAGCUGUCAGAAUGAAGGAAUAUGGGAUGCAUGGGAGGAUAUUGUGAAAACAUGGUUAAUAGUGUGAGUAAGAAAUAAGAAAUAGAAAGAAAAUGCUUGUUUGAACCAGCUUUAAUUCAGUUUACCUUGCUGCUUCUGAGUCCAGAAUUGGUUGUGUUUGGGCGGUUGAUACAAAUAUAUUGAAUUUGUUAAGAAAGGUAAAAGUAUGUACUUAGAAGUUAGAAAAGGCAUUACCAUUUCAACAUUUUACUUGUAUAUUCAUGGAUGCCUGAAGCACAUGUACAGUGUGGAAACACAGUCACUAGCACAACUUUUCACAAUGCAUCUCAAACACCUAAACAUCAUACUUGAAUCUAGUGUACUCUCAUACAAAGAAGUCACUGUCACAGUGAACCUCCGUUAACCAUGGGUCAACAAUGAAUCCCUUUGAUAAACCUAUAUUAAAAGGUAACGCUAGUGAAAUAUCUUCAUACCACUUCUGCUACACUGCCAGGUUUUGAUACCACUUGCCUCUUUGUCAUGGUUUUGUUAUGCCUGACUUGCUGCACUCUUUCUAUAGACAGUUUGAACAGAUGGAUAAAGUUAGGCUUGAUUGACUUUAAGAACUGUAUGAUGGGAACCAAAUCAGAAUUCAUUUUUCUGAUGAACACUGUGACAUCGGCAUGCUUGGCUGCAAGGGGAUGUCAGGCAAAUCUGGAAUUUUGUCUUUACAUUCUCACAGAUGCUCAUUAGGCCUGUUAUCUUGGUAAAUUGGAACAUUUUGGGAUUGCUCUGUCGGUUUUGGAAGAGCUAAAGAUGAUUGCAGAAAGCAUAGUGACACAAUGCUGCAGUUUGAAGAAGGAGAAUUUCAAACCUGCACUGCCAAACUUCUGUAAUGCAUGUGCAAUCAACAUCCCUCCAUAAAAAGGCAACCCGCUUUUACACCAAUACAAUACAAUUCUAAAACAUGCUACUGUUUAUGUAUGAAUGCUCUAGGUAAAAAAUAAAUUAAAAUGCCUUAAGCCACCAGCAGCUUUCUGAAUCUGGCUGUUAUUUCUGCUAAGAAUGUGACUUUGUUUGCUAUCUAGUGUGUAGGGGCCACUGUGUACUGGAUGACUGAAAACUUUAGGAGCUGAAUGUAGUUGAUGUAAUUUCUAUUUAGUCAUUAUCUUACAGCUGUAUGGCACAUGACCAAUAAAGACUUGUCAUUAUAAAACCC